AUGAGGGCCCUGCGCCAUGGCAAGCGCGUAAAGCAAGUCUAUCGCCAGAAGACGUGCAACGAGAGAUCGGGAGCAGAUCGGGCCAAACGCGCCUCGCGUCCCCAGCGCCGCUUCUCUGUGGCCAACAUGGUCGAGCCAACGGACACGGACAAAGCCUGGCUAGGGCUGUGUGUUGGCAGCGGUGAAGUGACGCAACCAUCCCAGAUGUUUCAAGAGGCAAAUAAUACAGAUACUACCGACGAUGGAUGGCUCAUCUGCCGCGCCAAAGACACCGAGCAGAUGCACGCCAUGUUUGCCCAUAUCCUGCACUUUGUACGGGAUGUGGAACUGCGUUCUGUGAUGGCCAAGAUCGGAGAGGGAGAUGAUGGUACGCGUGUACUUAGUGAUCCCCUCGAAGAGUGCCCUGAUCGUGCCGACAAUCCAGAGUACUAUGAGCAAAUCGCUCGACCUACGUCCUUGCAGGCAAUUACCCACCGCAUUGUCCACUGUGAGUAUGCCAUGCCCGCUUUAUUUGAGCAUGACAUGCUGCAGCUAUUUUCCAAUGCAUGUCAGUGGUAUGGUCUAGGCACCGACGGGUAUGGUGAAAUGACUAUAUUGCAGAGGCUCUAUAACGAACUGACACCGUCACGCGGCCGUUUGGUGGACGCAUCGGGCACUCGUCACGGCAAGGGACGUCUCUCUGACAUUGAUGUGGUGAACUCGCAGCAUACCAAAGCCAAAGCAAGGGCCCUGCAGAGGUUUGCGUCUUCGCCGUAUGGACCAGGGCAUGAGCCACCAAGGCCGUCAAAGCAACCCAAGAUAGUCCCAAUGGAUGCUGUCGCCUUCAAGGGACGGAACUACCAUGUGGGUGACUGGGUUCACAUUAUGAAUCCCCUGGACCCAAGUCGACCCAUUGUAGGGCAGAUCUUUCGAUUGUAUAAACGCAUGGACAAGUCUGGGACCUUUUUCACAGCAUGUUGGUACUACCGGCCUGAGCAGACACAUCACACAUCGUCUCGUCUGUUUGCAGACAACGAGGUUGUGCAGACCGGCGUGUAUGGAGAGCAUGCCAUCGAAGAUCUGCUAGGCGAUGUGCUGGUCCUUUUCCACACGACAUACCAGCGUGCUCGUCCAGCAGCAGGCUACUGGGACAAGGAUACACCUGUCUAUAUGGUUGAGUUCAAGUACGACGUGGCGACACAUGAGUUUUUCCCCAUCCACAGCUGGGCAAGUUGUGUGCCUGCGUCGGUCCGCGAGAAAGUGACGUACGUAUUUCUUACUGACCCCUGUCCCAUGGAUGUCUUUGUGCAACUUGCGGAGCUACCAGCUCGACACACGUCGCUUCUGACCCAGGGAGAUGAAGUUCCGGGAGGUCGUCUCUUGGAUGACGCAAUCGAGGAGCCUGUAUCGGAGGACAUGCCGGACCUCUUCGAGGGCGCACCUCUUCUAGGUGAAGCGACACAACCGCUCAAUAUCCCGACUAGUGUAUCUUCAUCUGUGCGCCCAAUUAUGCCACCGCCUGCAGCUGCACAGACAGAGCGCCUUCGUGCGUAUGCUGCUUUCCACGCUAUCGCAUCGGACCUAGCCCGUCGGAUCAGUCCGGUCGCUUACAAUAAGUUGCAACACGCACUCGCGGAUAACCCCACGGCCUCGCCUGUCGAGCUGGGGGCACUUGCUCUACAGCUGGGGGGCAUGUCAGGAGCUCAAGUCGUGCACUUGCGCGAUGCAGCCGUGGCGGCAGGGAUGUUACCGGGUCAAGGGAACGGUGCAUUAAAGUCGUUGCCUACAUCGGCUGCCGUGUUUGUCGCCCACCACAAAGGAGCCUCGUUUAAGCAGCUGCCACUCGAAACACGCCAACUCUUCCACCAGGAUGAGCACGGGCAAGUCCUAUGGCAUGCAGCUCUGCCGCUUUCCGGCUGGCCGUGCACAACCCCUGUCUUGGAUGGCGUGACCUCUUUGCCAUUGCCGUCGUUGCCCUACUUGGAGCACAAGACAGCGGCUGGAUCUCUUGUACCAUAG